AUGUAUAAUGCGAUGAGGGGUUCGACACCUCCUGAUUAUAAGCAAAAGUGCUUCGACUUAUGUCGCGACUAUUUGGGUGGCGUUUGGCUUAAUCUGACCGUUGAUGACGUGUUUGUAAAGAGAUUGUGCGGCGGUUUAACCAAUCAGUUAUAUUACUGCGCUUUCAAUGAAGGACACAAAAGUAGUGAUAACAAAGUGCCACAAGAAGUGGCCAUAAGAUUAUAUCAAGCAAAACAUUUAAAGGACACUAAUGGCGGUUACGAGAGAUUAUCGGAUGUUAUCAUUGCUUUAAUGAUGUCGGAAAAGAAGUUGGGACCCAAGAUAUACGGCCUCUUCGAGAGCGGACAGAUUAUGGCCUAUUAUAAGCACAAAUGUUUUCGUAAAGCCGAUCAUAAAAACACUCAAAUAGUGACACAAGUGGCCAAAACAUUGGCUCAAAUACACGCCAUGGAUGUGGCCGUCAGAAAGAAUGGGAACUCAUUUAUGGAUAAUUUGGACAACUUUUUGGACGAAGCCAAGGGUCUGUUUGACAUCAAUUCGUUGAUCAAUGAAUGCAAUUGUCAGACAUUAAGUGAUUACGAAUUGACCGAAGAGUUGAGUUGGCUUAAGAAGACUGUGGCAGCCGUUGAUUCUCCGGUGACUUUCACUCACAUAGACUUCAGGGGAUCUAAUAUUAUGAUCACCGAAAACGACGGAUUAGUUGUGUGUGAUUUUGAGUACUCGUGCUAUGACUACAGAGGCUAUGAUUUUGGAUCAGUGUUUUCCGAAUGGGGCAAAGAGUUUGGUCAUUACGACCACAUCUAUUAUCCCGACGACAAUGAGAUUAAGCCAUUCGUUGAGUCCUAUAUCGAAGAGUCGGCAAAAAUAUUUGGCAAAAAGUUUACGAGAAAUGAACGAAAUUCAUCAAAGAAUCUAAUGAAAGAAGUGAAACAACGAACGGAAUAUUAUUACAAGAAUUACUUUAAUCUCAAAGAGAAGAUAUUUAAAGAAAGCAAAAAUUAA